AUGUCCAAAGUCAUUCUUGUCACCGGUGGUAAUGGUCUUGUUGGGCAAGCCAUUCAGCACGUCGUCAAUGAUCCCAAUGGCGACCCAACGUUCCGUGCUGCACCUGACGAGACCUGGGUCUUCGUCAGCUCGAAGGAUGCAGAUCUUAGGAACAUGGACGCGACAAAGAAGCUCUUUGAGAAACAUAGGCCGACGCAUAUAAUCCAUCUUGCUGCAAUAGUCGGAGGACUAUUCAAGAAUAUGGCUCAUAAUCUGACCUUCCUUCGAGAAAACGUGUUAAUCAACGACAACGUUCUGCACUGCUCUCACUUGUAUAACGCUUCCAAGGUUGUCUCGUGCCUGUCAACAUGCGUCUUCGCAGACGAGAAGGAGGUGAAGGACAUCUAUCCGCUUACGGAGACAAAAGUCCACCUUGGUCCUCCGCACCCGAGUAACUUUGGUUACGCGCAUGCGAAGCGGCUUGUUGACGUGCAGAAUCGCGCAUACAAGCAGGAAUUUGGGUGCAACUUCACAUCUGCAAUCCCGACCAAUGUCUUCGGAGAGUAUGACAACUUCGACUUACAAGAUUCACACGUCAUACCUGGCCUGAUUCACAAAUGCUAUAUCGCAGAAAAGAAUGGUACCGUUUUUCGACCGUCCGGAAGUGGAAAACCUCUACGCCAAUUCAUCUAUUCUCGCGAUCUCGCGAAGCUGAUGAUCUGGAUGUUGAGGAAUUAUGACGAGGUCGAUCCGCUCAUACUCUCAGUACCGGAGGAGCAGGAAGUCAGCAUCGAAUUUGUCGUGAAUAGUGUCGUGCGUGCCCUUGAGCGGAACCGAGAGACCCCGUCAGACGGGCAGUUCCGCAAGCCAGCCUCAAAUGUAAAACUUACUACGUUGCUGGAGCAGGCCGGAGUAAAAUUCUCGUUCACUCCAUUUGAUCAAGCCUUGCAAGGAACGGUCGACUGGUUUGUUGAGAAUUACAAUUCAGGAGCAAGGGUUGGGAAUGUUUCAAAUGCUUGA